UCUACCACUCUCUACAAGAACCCAUUCUCUCCCUCAUCGCCUCCACUCUUCUGAAACAUUAAUCUCUUUUCUCUCUCUCCUCUUUAUUCUCUCUCUUCAACCAGCCAAAUUACUCUCUCUGUCUCUCUUUCUGUUUCUUGUUUUGGAUUGCUGUGAUUAGACUGUGUUUUUUGUUUCUUGUUUUUGAUUGAUAUUCAAACUGGCGAUCGAAAACCACGAUACUACUGUUCGUGAAAUCAAGCCCAAGAGCAGAAGAAUCAUGGGUCCUGACGAUGAAGACAAUCGAUGGCCGCCAUGGCUAAAACCUCUACUAAGAGAAAGCUUCUUCGUUCAAUGCAAACACCACAUCGAUUCUCACAAAAGCGAAUGCAAUAUGUACUGUUUAGAUUGUAUGAACGGCGCUCUCUGUUCUCUUUGCCUCAACUUUCACAAAGACCAUCGUGCUAUUCAGAUUCGCAGGUCUUCUUACCAUGAUGUGAUCAGAGUUUCUGAGAUUCAAAAAGUUCUGGACAUUUCUGGUGUCCAAACUUACAUUAUCAAUAGCGCUAGAGUCGUGUUCUUGAACGAAAGACCUCAGCCUCGGCCCGGCAAAGGCGUUACCAAUACUUGUGAAGUUUGUGAACGCAGUCUCCUCGAUUCCUUCCGAUUUUGCUCUCUUGGUUGCAAGAUCGUAGGAACCUCAAGGAGUUACCAGAAGAAGAGGGUUGCAAUGGCUGCAUCGGACUCGGAGGAUUCUUAUAGCAGCAGUAGCAACCAUAGACGAAGCAAGAGCAACAACAGCAACAACAAUAGCAAUAAAAUCCAAAGCUUUAGUCCUUCAACGCCACCCCCAACAUCCGUCAACUACAGGACGGCGAAGCGGAGGAAGGGGAUACCGCAUCGAGCUCCAAUGGGAGGUCUAGUUUUAGAAUAUUAGUACCUGCAUUUUCACUUAAGUAUAUCAUAAGGACCGCCCCCUCCCCUUGAAAUGUAAUGUAAUUUCCACGUUGCUCCUUCCCCUCCUCCAAUGCCUUGAGCUUUGUAAAAGAGGCCGGUGUUGGAGGUCUUACUUUUAUUGGCUUUGUACAUAGAAGAAGCAUAGAUGUGGGGUAAGCAAAACAAUAAUAAAAUAAUAAUAAUAGGGCAAAUGUGAAAAAUGUUGAACUUUAGAGGACUAAAAGGAAAAAUAAGUUUGGUAGGUUUGAAUAAUUAUAUAAAAAUAGGUUGGGGUUAUAGUGAAAAUUAUACUAAGUUUUGGGUUGAAGUUGUAAAUAGUGGCUUUUUUAUGCUCCUUAGAAGUGGUGAUGAAGAUACAAUGUAAUGUACUCCUUCGAAUAAUGGAAUUUGGAGAAUGGUGUUUAUAUGUGAAAUUAAUAUAAUAUUUAUACAUAUAUA